AUGUUCGUUGCAAAAAGUCAUACAGUAUUAUUCACUAUAAACUUAAUUACAUCAAUUAUUUGCAUAUUAUUAAUAUCUGGAUCUGGAUUGUUUAUGUUGUCAGAAGAAGCCAAUUUUAUGAUAUUACGUGAAACAGUAAGAUUAUUUGAAAAACAUGUUGUUCCAUCAAGUCCAAAUUAUGGUAAGGGUGUUGGAAAGUUGAUUAUGACAAUUACACAAAAUUUAAGUAUUGCAGUAUUUACAUUCAGUUUAGGUAAUUUAUUAAUUUGUAUUAUUGGAUUCAUUGCUGUAUGGAAUCAAAAAUCUUCUUUGUUAAGAAUGUAUCAAAUCAUGCUUGGAUUCCUUCUUCUUGGACAUUUAAUGCUAAUCGUUGGAUACUAUUUCAGCAAACAAACUAUUGAAGAUCAUUUGAAAGGUUUUAUUCGAGGUUUAAUGACAGAAUAUAUAUCACUGAGAAGUGGAACUCCAACAAGCUUAUUUACUGCCAGUGUAAUGGUUAUGUUAAAUUGUUGUGGAGCCACAUAUCGUCAGUUUGGUUGGAGAUAUGCACAGUUUGAUCCAACUGAUACUUACGAUAACGUAAUUUAUAGAGGUCUGUCUGAACCUAUACCAUGUUGUAAAAUGAAUGAUCAGUUAGAAAUAAUCAACACUACAUGUCCAUUUGAAUAUACAACAUACAAUAGUAACAUUGGAAUUGGUUGUGAUAAACCAUUUGCAGAAGAAUUAUCAUUAUAUUUGAAUACAAUAGUACUUGGAAGUAUUUCAGUUUUAUUAAUUAAUGUAAUCAUGUUAUGUAUUGGAGUGAAAGCAAUUAAAGAUUUUAAUCCUAUUAACUUAUAA